UUACCAAGCUACUAAAUUUACAGACGCUGAAACUCUAUCGUUGUAGUUCACUUAAAGAGUUACCGCAGGGCCUUAAGAAGUUGGUCAAUCUUAGGCAUUUAGACGUUAGUGCUUGUACCAAAUUGACGCAUAUGCCCCUUGGACUUGGGCAUCUUACUUCUCUUGAGAUACUAACGUGGUUCGUCGUGAGGCGAGGGGGUUCCAAGGCUAGCUCGUAUAGUUGGUAUAAGAAAAAACAGGCUGAGUCUGGUGGUGGGCUAAGUGAAUUGAAGGAGCUGGGCAAUUUGGGAGGAAGUCUAUUCAUUAGAAAAUUGGGACAUGGAGAAGAUGACAUGGUGGAAUGUAAAGCCACAAAUAUGAACCAGAAACAACAUCUUCAAGAGCUGAAAUUAUCGUGGAAUGAAGAGUGGGAUGAUGGAGAAACUGAAUGUUAUGAUGAGAUGUCACUGGAAGGGCUCCAGCCACAUCCAAAUCUUAAAGCGUUGGAAUUGAAUAAUUAUAUGGGUGUGAGAAUUCCAAGUUGGGUCUCUUCUCUCACUAAUCUUGUCAAAUUGAUAUUAGAUGAAAAUGAGAGAUAGAGUGAAGACUUUGUCUUUUCUAAGUCAAAAGAACACAAGAAUGAUUGAAUAGAGUCUAAUUUUUCAUACAUGCACAAAUUUUAAGUUAGAUUGGAUUGAUUUGAAUUCUUAUCUGUUACUCAAUUAAAUAUUACUAAUUAAGGUUUUUCAUUUCACUUGAAUUCCAAUUAAGGCUGAGGAGAACAUCAUUGUUCUUUUCAUUUGAAAUUUUGUUUAUUUCUCUACCUCCUAAAGAAAUAGCGUUUGCUUCUUAACUUUGGUUGUGCAGUCUCUGUUCGAACUUUGGGCUACAUUACACAUGAUCUUUUUUAUAAUCACUGGAAAGCAGAGGGGGUGAUCUGUGUAAUGGAUGGAUAGAGUGUUUGGAGUUUUUAGGCCAAAGAGAGGUAAAAGGGGUAAGGAUGGUUGAGCAGUGAAGGGUAAGAGAGGCAGUUUAAUUAAAUUUCCCAAAGGAAGAGUAAUUUGCUGCAAAGAGAUGCAGAGCUUUGCUUUUUGUGCAGUCUGGAGGUUCCUGUAUGUGUGCAAGUUGACAAUUUCAGGUGCAGGGCAAAUUUGUGCUUGCUCCAUUGAGAUGGCUUUUGAGACUUCCACAACAAAAUACCUCUUCGAUAACUACUGUUAUCUCUACAUUAGCAUGGUACUAGUCAUCCUUGAAGUAGUAUUUCAAGUCUUCUUAAGGCUGCUUAGGAUACCACAGUACUCCAAUCAAUGGGCAUGUGAGACUGGGAAACACUUACAUGAACUCAGAAGCUUGUAUGCAUGUGCAAUGGAUUCCCUUUUACUUAGAUGCUAUGUGUGUCUGUUUCAUGUUAUAGUAUCAUUUUCCAAAUCGUAUUAUUUCUCUUUUGCAGUUUGGUGUAGGUCACUGUAUCGGUGAGUCUUUGAAGUAAGU